AUGACUACUGCUCCAUUAGACUCAACCAAGUUGGUAAUUGAGAAAACCACUAAUCCAAAGGAAGUGUUGCCUAAGGAAAAAUUGGCAUUUGGAAAGUCUUUCACUGACCAUAUGUUGGAAGUAGAAUGGACUGCUCAGAGCGGUUGGGGUACUCCAAAAUUGUCGCCAUACCAUAAUUUUUCACUCGAUCCAGCCACCUGUGUGUUUCAUUACUCUUUCGAAUUGUUUGAAGGUAUGAAGGCUUAUCGUGACAAGGAUGGCAAGAUCAGAACAUUCAGAUCAGACAAGAACAUGGAAAGAAUGAACGGCUCUGCCGCCAGAGCAUCGUUGCCAACUUUCGAUGGAGAAGAGUUCAUGAAGAUUAUUGAUAAGUUGUUGCUUGCUGAUGAAAGGUUUGUGCCUGAAGGUUAUGGCUACUCAUUGUACUUGAGACCAACUUUGAUUGGUACAACUCCUGCUUUGGGUGUGGCUGCUCCUGAUAAGGCUCUAUUGUAUGUAAUUGCAUCUCCUGUGGGGCCAUACUUUGCAGAAGGAUUCAAGCCUGUUUCCUUAGAAGCCACUGACUAUGCUGUAAGAGCCUGGCCAGGUGGUGUUGGAGCUUUCAAAUUGGGUGCCAACUACGUCUCUUGUAUCCAGCCACAAAGUGAGGCUGCCAAGAGAGGUCAUUCCCAGAACUUGUGGUUGUUCGGCGAAGAGGGUUACAUCACUGAAGUUGGUGCCAUGAAUGUAUUCUUUGUAUUUCAGAAUGCUGACGGCAAGAAGGAACUUGUCACUCCUCCUUUGGAUGGUACUAUUUUACCUGGUGUAACAAGAGACAGUACCUUAACUUUGGCUAGAGAAAAAUUGAACUCAAACGAAUGGAUUGUAUCCGAGCGCCCAUUGACAAUCUACGAAGUCAAGGAAAGAGCACUCAAGGGUGAGUUAGUGGAAGCCUUUGGUACUGGUACUGCUGCAGUUGUGUCUCCAAUCAAGAACAUCGAGCACCGUGGUGAAGCCAUCGAGGUUCCAGUAGAAGAUGGGAAGGCUGGAGCUUUCACUAAGCAAAUCAGCGAAUGGAUCAGAAGUAUCCAGUACGGUGAAGAGGAUUUCAAGAACUGGUCGAGAGUUGCAAAAUAA